AUGGCUGAGCCCAUGGACCUCGACGAUGCGCGCCCAGCUGGCCGUGUUGGGAACAGAAUCACACUCAACAACCCAUUCGCUAUCAUUCCGACAAUCAUAGUGUCAUCUCAUGAUGAAGCCGCCGGCAACCGCAGUCACAAAGAUACAAAUGACCCUCCUACCCCAACCCCAGCUCGUAGACAGAAGUUGCGCAAGCACAGGUUCAAGGCUGCCAAGUCAAAGGCAUUGCAGAGGGACAAAAAUAAAGUCACAAAGAUUCCUGGUCCCAGUGAGAACAGACAUCGAAUGAUGACGAGAUCAGCAUAUCGACGAGCUGCAUUGCGAGCAGCAGGUGCCAUGGAUGUGGAUGAUGCACCUUAUCUCUCAAUUCACAACACUGUCAAUCCUCUUCCGGGAGUUCCUGAUAAUCUCGCAAAACUGCCCAAGAACCUUCAAGAGCUUGAGGCUCAGGGAUUCAAGGAGAAUAGUGGACUGAUCACACCCACUCAGCUCAAUCAUCUGCUCUCUACUGAACUGCCAGGAUUCACCUUCUUCUUGCAUUCAUCCGGCGAGAAUCCAGAUAACAACCCCUCAUCACGGAUUGCUUAUCCCGGUGUAACACAGUUGACUGAAAAGCAGCUCGAGGACUUGGCAAUUCUCCUCAAUUUCAACAAAAUUGGAAGAAGACAUUUGGGGAUUAAUAAGAUCAAGGACCUCGUCAGAACCCUCCACAUUCUUUUCGAGAGGGCAGUUGCACGGAGUACACCUGGCACGGAGAGCAGAGCCUACGUUCCGGGCGACGAAAAGAGCGCCGAGUUUUGGUCCAUGAUUCUGUGGAGGUUUCUGCGCAGAGAGGUAGUGACGCAACAGAAGGAGCAACCCGGCCAAGAGCCUGUGGCUGGGUCAGCUGAGGCAGCAGCCCAGUAUUUCAUGGACCAAGGCGAAGCUAUUGUGGCGCUUUUCUCCCGUCUCACGUCCGCUCGAGCCGCAUACUUGAGAACAAGUAACGAGACGGUGCAUCAUGCUUCGACUCUACUGACUAUGAACGCACGAUCGGCCCUGAACAACGUUAAUUAUGGAUCAUUUCCAACCGACGAUGAGUCAGAGAUCGAGGAGAGGCAGGACGGUCUCAAGGUGGACAAUCAUGACCAAGUCAAUGACCCAGCAGUCUCGAGACCUAAUAGAAGAUUUCUUCGUGCGGUUGAUCAGUGGAUGGCGUUUAUGGAGGAGCGCUCUGGAGAGGCUGUGGACAUGUCGUUCUUUUCGGCUCUUUCACUCUAG